GCGAUCGCGGCCGGGCACCGCCCCCCGCGCCCAUGGGCGCCCAGCGGCCGCGGGCGGUGGCAGCGCCUCCACGGGCGGCUGCGGGCAGGGCCUGAGCACGAAAGAAUGUUGGCACUUUUUUAUUAAUGAAGAGACCCACGUUAUCGCCAAUGUGCACGUGAAAUGGAAAGGGAACAUAUUAUGGAAAAGAGCUUCUGUUUCAACCUUGCAAGAUGCUGCGUGAAGUGUGUAAAGAAGUUUAAGUGACAGCUCUACUUGACCAAAAUGGUGGACACUGAAAACCAGCUCUAUCCGCUUACUCCCUUGGAGGAGGAUGAUAUAGGUAGCCCUUUAUCUGGAGAGUUUCUACAAGAGAUGGAGAAUAUUCAAGACAUUUCUCAGUCUCUAGGUGAUGAUAGCUCUGGAGCUUUAAGUUUAACAGAGUUCCAGUCACUGGGGAAUGGUCCAGGAUCUGACGGAUCAGUCAUAACAGACACCCUUUCACCAGCAUCCAGUCCUUCAUCCAUUAAUUUUGCCACAGCUCCAGGUAGCAUAGAUGAAUCACCCAGUGGAGCAUUAAACAUUGAAUGUAGAAUUUGUGGGGAUAAAGCCUCAGGCUACCAUUACGGAGUACAUGCUUGUGAAGGUUGUAAGGGUUUUUUUAGGAGAACAAUUCGAUUAAAACUUAUCUACGAUAAAUGUGAUCGCAACUGCAAAAUUCAGAAAAAAAAUCGUAAUAAGUGCCAAUACUGUCGUUUUCAAAAGUGCCUUUCAGUUGGAAUGUCGCAUAAUGCAAUACGUUUUGGACGAAUGCCAAGGUCUGAGAAGGCCAAGUUGAAGGCAGAAAUUCUAACAGGUGAAAGUUAUAUUGAAGAUUCAGAAAUGGCAGAUCUUAAAUCACUUGCUAAAAGAAUUCAUGAUGCUUACCUGAAAAACUUCAAUAUGAACAAGGUUAAAGCCAGAGUCAUCCUUGCAGGGAAAGCUAAUAACAAUCCACCAUUUGUUAUACAUGAUAUGGAUACCUUGUGCAUGGCAGAGAAGACCCUUGUGGCAAAACUGGUAGCCAAUGGAAUUCAGAAUAAGGAAGCAGAAGUUCGAAUCUUCCACUGCUGCCAGUGUACUUCUGUAGAGACUGUCACAGAACUUACUGAAUUUGCCAAAUCUAUCCCUGGCUUCUCCAAUCUUGACUUGAAUGAUCAAGUGACGCUGUUGAAAUACGGAGUUUAUGAAGCCAUCUUUGCUAUGUUAGCAUCUGUAAUGAACAAGGAUGGGAUGCUGGUAGCCUAUGGAAAUGGUUUUAUAACACGGGAGUUCCUGAAAAGUCUGAGAAAGCCAUUCUGUGAUAUAAUGGAGCCAAAAUUUGAUUUUGCAAUGAAAUUCAAUGCACUGGAAUUGGAUGAUAGCGAUAUAUCCCUUUUUGUCGCUGCCAUCAUUUGCUGUGGAGAUCGUCCUGGUCUUGUAAAUGUAGGACACAUUGAAAAAAUGCAAGAGAGCAUUGUGCACGUACUGAAACUUCAUUUGCAAACCAACCAUCCUGAUGAUACCUUCCUCUUCCCAAAACUUCUUCAAAAAAUGGCUGACCUCCGACAACUUGUCACAGAACAUGCUCAACUUGUUCAGAUAAUCAAGAAGACUGAAUCUGAUGCACAUUUACACCCUUUACUACAAGAAAUCUACAGGGAUAUGUAUUAAGGAUUUUUAGUAUUUUUUCCACAAUAUUUAAAGACAACAGCAAUAUUAAUAAUAGAUGGGAGCAAAACUACUCGGUUAUCGGCUGAUCACUCAGUUCAGUGCGUGAACAGUUUAAAAGCUAGGUAACUGGAGUGCUACACUUUUGGUUUGGGUUCUUUUCUCUUUUGAAAGAGUUCUGCAGAAAAACACUGAUUAUAAUGCUCAUGAAGUGUCUUGCAGCGGUUCUUUUAUUUGGAAAUCUGAAGAUUGGUAAGGAAUUCAUAUUUGUAUAAUAAAUCAGAAUGCUAAGUAACAGAAAUGAAAAAAAAAUACAUAUAUUUCCUCUUGGCUUAGUCAUUUAGAGUUAAAAUAACAAAUUCAGCAAAUUCUUUCCAGCUAUAUAUACAUGAAGAUUACACAUUCUUGGCUAACGGUAAUUACUGAGAACCAACUAAUGAUUUUUCUUAAAGGCAGUCAGUCUAGGUGUAUCAAAUGGUUUGAUAUUAUUGCAUAUACACUUCUAAAAAUUUUGAAAGACUUUGAUGUGCCACUGCUUGAAUUUCAUGAAGUGCAGUAGAGCUUCAUAUAGUAUGACAUUGGUGUACCUUGGGAUUAGCAUGUUGAAAAGUACUUUUGAGAAAUUAAAUAAAAUCCUAAGUGGUAUCUAAAGUACAACAGAUAUGCUCCGUUCAGAUGUUUCUUGAAGAGUAAAUGUGAUAAGCAAAGGAACCCUUGUCUGGAAAGGGUUUUAAGGAAAUACAAAAAUGUCCUUGGGGAAAAAUAUGUCAUACUAUGUGUAUUUUGGAGAACUUGUAGUAGCUCAAGAUGCAGUUUUGGCUUAAAGUUACAAUUUUGAAUUAAUCUGAGUUUUGGAGAGACUGAAAAAUCUGAUCCUAGUACAGAAAUAAAUAAUUUCAACUGCACAGUACUCCAGUACAGUGAUAGCUUUUCAGUGAUCAUUUCUGAAGAAAAGAUUAUAUAAGAAAAGCACUUUUUCUUGUCCUGUAUUUUGGCAGUAUAGAAUCUUUGGAACUUGUUUACUUUUCUGAUGAGUACACUAUUAUGUUUUUUCUUUUUUCAGUUAUCCUCUCAGAUAUAUUUCUAUUCUUCCAUAGGCCUUGUCCAUACAGGUAAUAGCUAGAUUAUUUCACCAAGUUUUGUCCUUGUCCUUACAACCAUAGUGGAUGAGGUGAUGGUAUUACCAAGAGUGGAGUUUGUUAAUUGUGUAAUAUGAAAGAGAGUACAGUCGAGAGUACCUGAGGGCAUAUGGUGGUUUUACAAGAGUACUUAUUCUUGAUGCAACAUAAGCCAAAAGGAAACUGCUUGACUUCGGUAUUUACAGGGUCCUUUAUCAGAGAUUAAUGCACAAAAUGUGAAAGCAAAUACUAGUUGCAUGCAAAGCACUGUACUAUUUCUUUUUCUUGACAUUUUUUAAUUUCCUUUUUAUUGGUAAUUUCCUGGUAUUUCUACAUAAAUUCCUAUAUAAUACUGGUAAUUUCCUUUUAUUAUUCCCUUAUUUUACUCUCAGUUUCAUAACACAAAAUAAUCAGAAGCCAAUCUUAGUAUUUUCACAAUAGUUAAGCUUUCAGUUGCACAGGAGAACACAUUGUGCUUGUUUUAUUGUAGCAUGUUCGAAGACUUCAGAAUCUUAAACCUUUACUGAAACAAAUAAGUUGGAUAAAGUGAGAGCAUCAUAAAAUGAGGCUUAUUUUUGUCACGACAUUUGUUUUUUAAAGGCCCACUGGCAUGGCUAAACACUGACUGGUCAAAUUACAGAUUUGAAAAUAAUUUGUUCUUUAUCUAGGUGAUGGCCAUUAGCACAGGUCUUAGUGUGAAAUACUAAAGCAUCAGCCUUACAUUUGGUGACCAUCUAAGGCAGGAUAGGAGCAAUAGAUGCAUAUGCACAAAACUCCCUCACCUUCCCUGUCAACUACCUUCUGCUCUCCCCAGCUGGGUCUUAUAAGCAUUAUGUUACAAGUACUUCUAACACUUAAUUAAGAGAAGUUUGUUUGUCUUACCAGGAAACAGUGGAUGAGAAAUGUGUUGUUGUCUGUCUUGCAGCAACAUACAGUAUGCCCUCAGAAACAACAAGAGGAUUUUAGCAAUGAUGCUGCUUGAUUCUUCAAUUCGGCCUUGCCUUACUAUGGGCUGUGGGCUUUAGGCCAUGGAUAUGCUCUACUGCUUACUCCAAUAAAAAAAAAAAGUGUCAAAAUGUCAUGAUGGCAUACUAAGGAUCUGUACAUGUGGCAUGGCAUCCAUCUAUAGGAAGUGUGUAGUGCAGUGCUUAGCACACUCAGCGCAGCUGAUGGCAGUCUAAAUUCUAACUUUGGAGACUAAUAGCAAACUGUCUUAAGCUGAGUCUUAAAUGCAAGCUGCAUUUUUUUCCCCAAAACUCAGAUGUGGGCAAAACGCAAAUUUGAAAGUGCUGUUCCAUUGUUUGCAUGUACUGAAGUUUCUCAUUAAAAACAAACAAACAGACACAAUCACUGCAGACAAAAUGUAUUUUCUCUGUUCUUGUUUUCAAAAUUGGCUAAAACACUUUACUGAAACUUUUCAAAAACAUGGAAAAUUUAAUAAUGAAUACUUAACUUUGGCAAAAUUAUGAAGAAUUGAAAACAGCAUUGUUCAGUGGAAAGCAUAAUGCAGCUGCUCUGUAAAAGGAUCCCACCAUACGCUUUAGGAAAGUGAGUAAUUUGUGUUUUUCCUAUUCUGGAUGCAUUUUCUUUUUUUUAUUAUUUAAAAAAGCAUGCAUAUUUUUAAUAAUUCCUUGGACAAUGGCAUUUGAUUUCUGUUUUAAAUUAAAUCAUGGACCUUUAAACAUAUGGAAAGAACACAUUGUGAAUUACAGAAAUAUGAAUGAAAUGUUAAUGUAGCCUAAAAUUCUGGAUAAAUUCCGCUGUCUGCAGGGUUGCAGUGUGCACAUAUCCACAGUAUCUUCGAAGAAUGACACAGAGCAGACAAUUCACUUCCUGAGUGUUAAUGUACAAAAGAAGUUCUUAAUUGCAACAUUACACAUCUAAUAAAGCGUACUAACAAAGUACACAUCGGCUACUUCUGUAGAUGACUGCAGUAGGCAUUUGCCAACCAGAUGUCAACAAAUGACUCCAUUUGUGUUCAUUUUCUGGAAUUUUGGAGUCUGCCAAGUUUUAUAUGUAUUACUGAGGAGCCUUCAGCAUCUCCACCUUUUAGAGAUUGUCUAAUAUUUUAAUCUAUGGAGGGAAAUAAAAUGAUCAGAUUUUAGGAUAAAGAUUUGUUAAAGGCUUACUGGCUUGUUAUGUAUAGUUUUGAUCUGAUUCAUACCUACACUAAGUUAUUUUAAUAUCAUAGCACUGAAGAGCCCUGGUUAGGCACCAGGUACCCACAAAUAGCUUAGAAAAAGAGACCACAAGCGGAUAGAGAAAAAUCCUAGGGAGCAAUGGUACAACUUAACGUUUUCAACAAACCUACAACCUAUUCAAUUUUUAGGGUUGUUUGUUUUUUUGCUUUAUUGGGAUCCAAGAGGUACUUUGAUAGAGGGGAGGGAAAACAAACAAACAAAACAAUUUGUGUCAAACAUUAGGGAAAUCUAAUAUUCAUUUUUACAUCUCUAAUAUUUUGUUUAAAGGUGUGCUAUUUUCUGUGCACAGCUGUCCUUAAAAAACAAAAAGUUACAUUGUACCUGUUAAAUUUCAGAUGUCCACUUUCAUUUUAAAAAACUAAUUGUCUGGCAAUAGACAGGAAUGCUUUCCACUUACAGAAAUUGAAUCUUUCUUGGCAUUUAAAGAAUUUUUCUUUUUUUUUUUUUUUUUUUUAUUUAAUUGCCAUUUCCAUGUGCCUUUGUGCUUUGGUUCUAGCCAGCUGCUAGAAAGCUGAAGUGUUGCCAAAGAGCAUAUUUUAGCUUUAUUUCUGGCCUGCACAGAUUUAGGAAAUACCAGCAGUUGCACUAAGUCCGUUCUCAUGAGAGAGCUAGCACAAGUUUGCAAAUCAAAGAGCUUAUAAUAAGCAUCUAAACAUUUGUUUGUUUAUUCAAACUGCUAAAGCUUUGGAGAUUUACUCAUCACGAGAGCUGGGUCACAUAAUAUUAAAUUUGAAUUUCCUCCUUAUUUCUAAUGGAAAGCCUGGACAAGUUAGCAUCUAUGACAGAGAAACUGGAGGUUACACCAUAGCUGCCUCUACUCUGUCUGAAGAGGAACAAUUUCAGCUCUGUCUCUCCUUAAAAGCAACCAUGUUACUUAGUUGAAAAUCUGCAACUGCAUUUAACAAAUGCAUUUGCAGCUGUUGAGAUAUUACUUAAGCAUAAGUUCUUAUAAAUAAUGGUCCUUCCCUGAAAACCCUAAUCCUUUAGUAAGUGUUGAUAUGUAAGGUGUAGUAUGGUAUCUGAUACUUGCUUAUAUCUCAAGUGCUUUCUUGAUAAUAAGUUGCCUUUUUGUUUUUUUUAGUCUAGAUUGAAUCAGCUUUGCUAUCCUCUUACUAGAGAUUUAAAUUAUAUGUGGGUUUGAUCUAAGAGUAUUGAUAAUAUUAUGUACUGUGGGAUAUUUUAAUUUAAUGUAAUACUGUUUCUUCAUGUUUCAAUUUGUAAAAUAACAAUAUAAUUGCAAGGUAUAAACUUUCACUAAAUUAUAUUACAGAGGUGCUUUAAGAAAAAUAUGUAAAUUAUUUAAUUUAAAUAUGUGUUUCGUACUUUAUCUUGUGAACCGUUUUGUACAGUGAGGAAAGAUUUACUUUUAUGGGUAAGGAUGGUGGGCCUGAAGUCAAAGACAAACAGCUGUUUAUUCCCGUGUAGUCUUUAUUCCUCUAUCAUUCGUGAAGUAUCAGAAAUUCUGCAACUUACCAAUUAUUGGUAUUGAUAAUUGUAACCAAAUUUUAAAAUGUACUUUCACAUAGAACAUAGACUUCAUUUUAUUUCAUCUUAAUAGAAGUAAGUCUAGGUUAGGAAGAGCUCUAAUUUCAAAACAGAGUUAAUAUUAUCAAUGUUUUAACUCAAGUUCACCAACAGUAAAGAUAAAUAAGUUCAUCUUUGCUUUACAGCACAGUAUAGUAGUUUAUUUUCCUCAAAAGACUGAAAAGAACUAAAAAGAGGUAGAUUCUCUAAGUACUGCAUUAUUGUUAUUUUCUGAGAAAUUUUUUUCUCUGAGAAAUUUUACUAGAAAUAAUGUAUAUUGAUAAUUAUUUCCUUUUAUCUGCAUGGAGGUUGAUCUGCAGUUCUUAUAGAUGUGUUUUUAAAAAGUAAUUUGGCAGUGCAAAAUAAAACACAGGAAAGCCAAUAAUGGUAUUUCAAUAGGAGUGUUCCCUUUACAGUUUUAAGUAGAGAUGAAUUCAGAGCCUUUUCAUGGGUAUUCUGUGUCCUGUGAUUCAGGUGUGACAAUAUGUGCCUCCAGUGCUCCCGCUAAUGAAUCCUGGUGUAGGAGCAAAAUGUACCAGGAAUGUUCCUGCGAUGAUUUAUACUUACUGUAUCUUAUUUUUAAUAGAUAAAAUUGUAUUUCCCAAAUUGCUGCAGCUUGAAAUUUUUACUUGGUCAGCGUUAUCAUGCAGGUAUGUUGUCUAUUACGAUGUUUUUGUCAAAUUUUUUAAAGCUCUACUGAACUUUCUUGUGGUAACCUACAGCUACUUUUCUGAAUUUCUUAAGCAGCAAUGGAAAAAACACAACCUGUAAAAGGUACCAUCAGAUAUAUCACUUUACAUUGCAAAUAUGUGAUCUAAAUUCACUGUUAACUAAGCCCGUCCUGGGCAAGGGUAUUCCUCUUCUGUUUUCCCUAAAGUGCUUACAGUUCUUAAAGCUUUUUCAGUUUCUGAAGCUGUUUUUUUUUCCUUUCCAUCUUUCCCUUGAUCUUCUUGAUUGUACUAGUGCUAUCUUGUCAGAUGCCUCUGCAAGGAUGUUUGAAAACAGAAUUUCUACUGCAGGGACCUCAAUUUCAGAUGAGCUGAAAUUUGAGGGAUAGGCUACAUGCACAAAAGAGAUUAAGCUCAUUACAGGCUCGGCUUUAAAUAAGGACUGGACCGCAAGAUCAGGUGUAAGGUACUUAAAGCCAUUUUUAAGUAUUUUGGUGUAUUUUCUCAGGUUGGGUAUGCAUGUACAGUAAUCCCUGUUAUGGAAGAAAAGCGCAUAAUCAAUGCAAAAAGUUUUAUGGCAUUCUUUACCCCUGAAAGAAAAAAAAAUGGUGGUGGAAAAUAUUAACCAACCAAAAUACUGGCAACAUGCAAAUAGUGUAUUCUCCUCCCACUGUGUAGGAGUGUAAACAUUCAAUAUUGAUGUGCAGCAGGAAUUGUAAGAUUAGCAAAACUGCUCGGUGAUUCAUAUGCAAAUAACCACGCCGAGUGCUGUUCACAUCCAGACUUACUACCUCUGCACAUUCGCAUACUACAGGUAUGUUUUGCCACAUAAUAGCUGGCUAGUGUAGGGAUUGCCUUCAUGAAAACACAGUGCCUUUGCCCUUGUUCUAUGAUUCCAUGCCCUCCUUCUUGUUAGUACUGCUGCACCGUUGAGGGCUGUUAGUGAUGCUGUGUGCGGGUGCUCACCACGAGCUCCCUUGGGCAGCUCUUCACUGAGCAGACUGAUGAUGUGCGUCCUGUGGUGCAGAGAAGGGGAGGAAGCUGCUUCUGAGUCAUUCACCCUGCUCCCUAGACAAAUGAAUCCUGUGGGAUGGCGGGAUGUGUGAAGCCAUGUAUCCACAAAUAUUUUUCUCUCAUUUCAGAAGUGGACAAACAUUUAUGGCUUUAGUUAUUUCUUUAGUAAUAACACAGCUAAUCAAAGUUUUAGUGUUACAGGUUUUAAGAACACCCCUUUUUACUGUUUGACAUCUGGUUUAUCAGCUUCUCAGAUGAGCUGCAUUUCAUAUUGCUCCUGCUAUUUCACAAUUUUUACAAUUGCUCUUUCUUUAGGAAUAUAACAACAGUUUAAUUACAUCAUGAUGUUAAAACACUUUAUCAUGUCUUAAAUUGUCUGUUAUCUGAUAUGACACAAAAAAAGCACAUUUUGGUUAGUGUUGCCAAACUCUGAUAAGUAGAGCUAACAAGUGUUUAAUUAUAUCAAUCAAGAUAUCAAUAUUAAAGAAAAAAAAUCAUUGUUUCCAGCCACCUUUUUUAUUUUUAUAGGAGUUUUUGGGUAUGUUUUGUUUUAAAGAGCAGACAGUUCUUGCAGGGAGUAGUCAAACCUAAUUCUCAUGGAAUGCAUGUUUCCAGUAAAAUACCACUAAUUCAAGCCGAGUUCCCAAGUUUCUUUCUGUCAGAGCAAUGCAAAUGACAUUUUCAAGAAAGAAUGGAAGCCCUGGUCUCACAGGGAUUUGUAGGAAAGACAGUCACUCACUUGUGUAUGUAAAAAUUACAUAUAGCUAAAUAUGAUAAUGGAUUCUCAAAUGUUACCAGCCUACUGAUCGAGAAUGAAAAAACUUGAACUAAACAUUUUUCUUCUUUUUUACAUUCUGAUUUUUUUUUCACUUCUUAAAAAAUAAGAGGUUGGAGUCAGUGUUUGUAUAGAGACUGGUAGGAACCUAUGUGCUUUAAAAAGAAAAAUGUCAUCCUGUAAGACUGAAUGUAAACACAGUUACUUUGAAAUAUGUUUUUGCCUUAAUGGUUUAAAAAAAUAAAGUAUUUUUAAAAUGAUAUUAA